ACGCAAGGAUGCCUAUGGUUCCUGCCGAAUAAGCCUACUAUUAUAGCGGAAUUGGCCCAAAGCCACCAACCUUGCUCCAAUUAUAACAUAGGGCUUAUCAUUCAGGCUGCAAUUUUGUCUGAUUCAACCUUUUGGGCACUUAGAGGAUCUGAAGUGUGUCACUGCAGUUGCAACUGUGCAGCCCAGUUUACCAUCUCCGAGGAGGACAGCCCUGGCUGCAACCUUCCAGCUGGAUGUCUCCAAUUUAUUGUUGUGAUCCUCCUUCCUAGUAACACUGUCCUCCUGGCCCCAGUGUGGCAGAAACAUGCACAAUCAGGGUUAACUUAAAAUCUGAACAAAACUCCAAGCCAUACUGUUGGAAGUCUUCCCAGACAACUCACCACGGCAGCAAAGAGCUAUGUGAGGCAAAUUGACCAAAACGGAGGUGAAAAAAGAGAGAGCAGGAUGGACCUCUUACAGAAAAGAGAAUCUAAGGAAACUUUGUUCACUUCUGUUUCUGCAGGAGAUAAUCCUCCCAAAGGAAUUUGUCCUCCUAUGAAAAAAUCCUCGAAAGUAUGUGGCACCAAUUACCCCCUCAGCAUCGCCUUCAUUGUGGUGAAUGAAUUUUGUGAACGCUUCUCCUACUAUGGCAUGAAAGCUGUCCUGACUUUGUACUUUCUCUACUUCCUCCAUUGGGAUGAGAAUACUUCCACUUCAGUCUACCAUGCCUUCUCAAGUUUGUGUUACUUUACACCGGUCCUUGGAGCAUACAUGGCUGACUCUUGGCUGGGAAAAUACAAAACAAUCAUUUAUCUCUCCAUUGUUUACGUUAUUGGGCACUUGAUCAAGUCAGUCGGGGCAAUACCGAAUUUGGGAAACCAGGUUGUUCAUGUGGUUCUCUCAAUGACGGGCCUGACCCUGAUUGCUCUUGGAACAGGCGGUAUCAAACCCUGUGUGGCAGCAUUCGGUGGAGACCAAUUUGAAGAGGAGCAUGUCCAGGAAAGGAGCAAAUUCUUCUCUGUCUUCUACCUGUCUAUUAAUGCAGGAAGUUUGAUCUCUACUUUCAUUACUCCUGUGUUGAGAGGGGAUGUGGAAUGCUUUGGAGGAGACUGUUAUGCUCUGGCUUUUGGUGUUCCUGCUGCCUUAAUGGUUAUAGCUCUCAUUGUGUUUAUUGCUGGGAAUGGAAUGUACAAAAAGACUCCACCACAAGGAAACGUCUUACUUGAAGUUUGGAAAUGCAUUUGGUUUGCAUUGACAAACCGGAUCAAAAAUCGCUCCCGACACAUACCUAAAAGGAACCAUUGGUUAGACUGGGCUUCAGAAAAGUAUUCAAGCCAGCUGAUAGCUGAAGUUAAAAUGUUGACACGAGUCCUAUUCCUCUUUAUCCCACUGCCAAUGUUCUGGGCUCUCUUUGACCAGCAGGGCUCUAGGUGGACAGUACAAGCCACCAAAAUGAAUGCUGACUUUGGAGGAUACGUCCUUCAGCCUGACCAAAUGCAGUUCUUAAAUCCUCUCUUGAUCCUUGUCUUCAUCCCAGUCUUUGACUUUGGACUCUACCCCUUGAUAGACUUGUGCAAAUUUAAUUUCACGCCUAUUAAAAAGAUGGCAACUGGGAUGAUCCUUGCAGCCUUGGCAUUUGCAGUUGCAGCCAUUGUAGAACUCAAGAUAGAGGAAAAUGUUAUGCCAGUGCUGGUUCCAAAAGAAAGUUACAUUCAGGUCCUGAAUUUGGCAGACAGAGAUAUUGAAGUGGCGAUCCAAGAUUACGACCAGUUUCGGCAUCCAAUUAAACCUUUUCAGGACCCUGAUGAAUACUCCAGAUUAAUUCUGAGCAGUAACCAACAAAACCUUCAUUUCCAAAUCCAGUUCCAAGGAUCAUCUUUUACAUUUAAUCAUAUCAUCCAGGAAAAGACCGUGAACAGUUUAAUUGUCUACAAGACAGAAGGAAGCUUAGCAAGCCGUUUGAUUAAAGACAUGGAACAAAAGCCGACGGAAGGAAUGUCAGCUGUGAGAUUCAUUAAUACUUUGGAGUUGGAUGCCAACAUCACUCUUAAGAAUGAGGAGUUUGUUAGCAUUAAUAAGAGUUAUGGUGUAUCAAGGUAUAGCAUCCUGGCGAGGGGAAGAUACAACCAUGUGAAAUGUCGAGUGGGAGGAGAAGAGUCCAUCCUACACCUAGGCCUCCUUGAUUUUGGAGCAGCUUACACAGUUGUUAUAACAAAUACUUCUGUAAAGGGCUUCCAGACAUCAAAGACAGAAGAUAUUGCUGCCAAUAAUGUCCAUAUUUCAUGGCAGAUUCCACAAUACCUGUUAAUAUCAGCUGGUGAAGUGAUGUUCUCCAUCACAGGUCUUGCCUUCUCUUACUCUCAGUCUCCUGCUAGCAUGAAAUCGGUGGUACAGGCAGGCUGGCUGUUGACUGUGGCCUUUGGAAAUGCUAUUGUGCUAAUUGUUGCUCAAGCUGCACCUCUGGAACAGUGGGUCGAGUUUGUCCUCUUUGCUGCUCUCCUCUUCAUCGUGUUUGUCAUUUUCUCCAUCAUGGGAUAUUUCUACAUUAGUGUGGACCCAGAAGAGCUCAUCCCCAAAGAGGAAAAAGAAGAACUAUCAAGCCGCAAAGAUAUGAUAGACCUUGUUAUAAAGAAAACCGAAGUAGAAAGUGGCUGUGGACACUGAAUUGGGGUUGUCUGGACUUUUUGGUUUGAGAAAAUGGCAAGAAAAUUGAUUUUUUUUCAGGCUGAUAGUCUGAAAAAGCUCUUGUAUUGUGGGGUAAACUCCUCCCCUCAGAAAGUCAACUGAGUAAAAUUACAGAAAUUCCUGGGAAUGGCAGUGUUACCAAUGUAUGCAAUCUCUUUGUAAAAAAAUAAGUUUACAUUACCCAGAAGGACACACCACAGAACUCAGUGAGAUUUUAGUGGAGAGGUGGUCAUAUAUUAAGGUUCCUUAAACAAUGGCAGAUUUAUUUAGAAAGCUUUACAGAAAAGAAAAACAUGAUGAAGUACAAAGAGUAAAUCUGUUGAAAUGGAAGUUGCACUGUGACAAAUCAUUCCCAUUCAUUACAUUGGGUUCACUAUAAGUAGACAAGAUUAACAUUGGAUUUAACUCAAUAUAAAUAAAAUUGCAAACUAAAACAA